AUGGAGCCGGGUGCCUGGGGCACCAACUCAGCCAACCCCGGCUUCCCACCGCUGGGUUACACCUUUGUCUCGCCGCACGGCAUGGCCACGGCGCAGCCUAACUCCCACUCGCUCCUGCACAACGCCGGGCUCAACCUGCGUGAGACCCCGGCCACCCUGCGGCCCUUCUUGUUUGGGCCCCGGGGGGAAGGUGUGGACCCCCAGCUGUACGUCACCAUCACCAUCUCCAUCAUCAUUGUCCUGGUCGCCACCGGGAUCAUAUUCAAGUUCUGCUGGGACCGUAACCAGAAACGCCGGCGUCACUCGGGGCAGCAGAGCGGUGGGAGGCAGCAGGAGAGCCAGCAGCCCCUCACGGACCUCUCCCCCACCACCGUCAGCAUCCUGGGGCCCUACGGUGACUCCCUGGCCCCCACGCCCGAGGCAGAGGAGUCCAGGCAAGGCCAGGAGGGUGUGGAGAAACUGGGGGGCUCUGGGAAGAGCACGGCCUUCCAGCUCAACCGGUGA